GGAAUGAGAUCAACCUUCAGAAAAGGACUGAGGAAUACCGAGUCAUGAGGGAGAUCCUGCUGCUCCAGGUGGCUGCAAAGAAUUACAACCUAGAGCCCGAGGAGCGAUUUGGGGCCUGGUUCCAGGACAUGGAGCUGCUCAAUGAGAAUGAUAGCCCCCAGGCCCCAACACCGAGCCCCGUACCAGUGGCCAAUCACAGCCGCAUCCUCAGCAGCGGGGACACAGCUGGGACGCUUGCGAUGCACCGGACCGGCUCCUCCCACCUGAUGGGUAGGGGAGCAUUGCAAGCUGAUUCCUGGGGCCCCGUGAAGCCCAAGAGAGCGAGGACGACCCCACCCCAGCUCCCUGACAUGUCUACCCCAGCAUCUAGUCACCCAUUGGGGAAGGACAGUAGUUAUGUGUUGUAAAUAAUA